CUGUUUUGCUGUCAUGCGAAGACGCAUGUUGGUAAACAAGUAAUGUGUAACGUUAUGUGGUCAGCACUAUAUAAAAUCAGUUUAUGAAAGAUGGAUUGUGACGUAAGAUAAUGAAUGCGGUUUAGUCAGAAACCAUGAAGCGCGCAAGGAAAGAACUGAUAAGUUUGGUGUUGAUCGUACUGCUUUGGGUUCAAGAAAGUGAACUUUCGGAACAGUCCCUGUAUUGCCCUUCACAGUGUGCAUGCACCAAGGUUCGCUCUCGAUCAGCAGGAGACUUCAAAUUGAAAUGUGGAGGUGGAGGUGGGAAGAUCUUCUCAGUUGAAGAGUUGAAUCUGCAAGACUUUCCAAUGGAUAUAUUUCAUUUGGACCUUUCUGACAACAACAUCACACACUUGCCACAGGAAGCAUUCUCACAUUUGCCAUUGUUACAAGAACUGAAUUUAAGCAGAAGCCAUAUCCAUGUAGUUGAUAAUGAAGCAUUUGCAAAUUUAACAAAUUUGAAAAGGCUAGAUAUGUAUGGCAACAGGCUGAAGGUUAUUAAUGCAUUGAUGUUUGUGGGACUAGAAAGUUUAGAGAAGUUGGUGUUAGGUCAGAAUUCUAUUGUCAGGAUACAGGCUGGAACAUUUGAUGAACUGGUCUCCUUGAAGCGGCUGGACCUCUCAGGCAACCCUCUGGUAUGUGACUGUGAACUUAGAUGGCUUCUGGAGUGGGUUCAGAAUGUGUCUGUAAAAUUAACAUCAUCACCAAAAUGUGGAGGCCCCCCUGCUUUAAGAGGACAGCCUAUCCGCAAGCUGCAGCUAGAUACAGAUUUACAUUGCAAUUGGACUUCUGCUGGAUCACACAGUGGAACUCUGUUGGAACUGAAGCCAGCUCAUAGUCAGGUUGUGUUUGCUGGUGAUUCCCUGAAACUGCGAUGUCGGGCUCCAACUGCAGGGACUAUGGUAGGGGAAAGGAGCAUCGCUCAUGUGGUUUGGAUGUGGGGCAGUCAGGAUCCAGCUAAAGUAUUUGACAAAAUCCGUGUUGAAAACCGUUACAUUGCGGAUAGUGGUUUGGUUGAAAGCUCACUUAGUAUCAAGCAUCUUCAGCAUCAUCACAGUGGGAAAUGGAAUUGUCGGCUUGUGUCAGAAGAAGGAAAUCACACAGAAACCAUUUCUGUGAUUGUUAUCUCAGAAGAUACUCAAUAUUGUUCGCAGAUAGUGACCUCAAACAACAAAGGUGUAUACACAUGGCCAAAGACAGUUGUAGGAUACACAGUGGAGCUUCAGUGUCAGGGAGAACAGCUGACCAGUAUGGGGUUUAGACCCCCUCUCAGGGCUCAGUACACCUGUACAGAGUCUGGAGUUUGGGAAGGGCUCAAUACAACAGUAUGCCCUUAUGUGAGUGAGACCACCAAGAUUUUGGAGCAAUUUUCUAAGGUAAACCUAAGUGUGGCAAAAGGUAGUGUGCUGGAGAGUGCAAAGCGGUUAAAGAACUUCACUAUCAGUGGGAAACAACUUCAAGAUAAAAUGGAUGUGGUAUUCAUCUCUAAAACUAUUGAAAAUUAUUUGGAAUAUGUUACAAAAGAGAGAGAGUUGGGUUCACAUCUUGUGGAUAUUGUAAGUACACUUAUGCACCUGCCAAAAGAAUUGCUGGCUGCAGCACAGGAGGAGGAUAAUGCAUGCUCUCGCUUAGUAAGGGCUGUGGAGGCGGUGGCAGAGUUCAGCCCUUCAUUGCAAUCACACAAGUCAAACCUUGCUGUGGAAGAAUAUCGUGUGAACAGAGAAAGAUUCAAUGGUCUUUCAUGCACUUGGUAUACACCUUCAGGAAAGAAUCCUGGUCGCCUGUUCCACUGUUCUACAAGCAAUGCAACAGCCGUAGUUGGGUCUAAGAUCAUAGAAGCUUCCAUCCAUAUACCCCCUUCUUUGUUUUACCAACUUGAGAUGCAAGGGUACACUGUGAAGUCUGGACAGCAGCUGCUGGUAUCCAUGUAUGAGAAUAGCAGACUGUUCCCACGAAAGCUCCCAGAUUCAUCCCAGCAAGAUGGCAGAGAUAUUACGUCAUGUGUUAUUGGCACAAAAUUAGUGGGAAUGGAAGUUCAGAACUUAACACAUCCUGUAUAUAUAAUGCUUCGAGCUCCAUUGCUUCACCAUUCAUCCGAUUCACCAAAACCUGUGUGGUGGGAUGCAUCCUUGAACAAUGGCACAGGUAGCUGGAGUCAAACAGGGUGUCAGCUGUCUCAUCUCUUACAUGGCCUGCUGGUGUUCCAGUGCAAUAGAUUUGGCUACUUUGGGCUCCUACAGAAAGAUACCUUUCUUUAUGACAAUAUGGGAAGGGUGGCUGGAGCCAAAUUUAGAUUUUCACAUCCUGCAGUUUAUGUUGGCAGCAUAGUUGGAGUUAUAAGCUUAAUGGUGGCCAUUGUGACAUAUGUAAUCUGCCAUGCUUCCAUUCAGAUGUCAAAGAAAACAAAGCACUCUCUGGUCAACACUUGGAUAGCAAUGGCUCUCCUCUGUUUCAUGUACAGUUUGGGUAUCCAUCAAACAGAGGAUGUGAAGAUAUGUCAAGGAGUAGGAUUGCUCCUCCAUUAUCUGACAUUAUCAUCUUUAUUGUGGAUGGCUGUUACAGCCAGCAACAUGUACAAGAGGCUGACUAAGUCAGAUUCAUUGGAUUCUGCACCUGAAGAUGAACUUCCUCCUGAGCAGCCAGUGGCUCAGAAACCCCUCCUUGGCUUGUACCUGGUGGGCUGGGGCAUUGCUCUCAUUGUGUGUGGCAUCUCAGGAGCUGUGAACAUGAGGGAGUAUGCAGGCUACUCCCAUUGCUUCCUUAUGCCAGGGCCUGCUCUCAGCGCAGUGUUUGUGCCCAUGGGAGUUCUAGUGCUCUUCCUGUUAAUCUUCUUUCUCCUUAUAUAUUGUGGUAUUCAAAACCUAGACACCAAUGGACAGCUUUCUGAAGGCACCCAAGCAACAGAAAAUGUAGAUUUGGAUUUGCUGGAUUCCAAUGUUGCAAAUGCAGCAAUGGCAGAACAUACAAGUUUGCAUAGUGCAUCAACUCCAACAGCCUCUAGUGAUGUGGAAGAUACGGAACAUUCACCACUGAGCCAGUUGAAAGCUCACAUCAUUGUUUUGUUUCUGUACCUCUUGAUGUGGACCUCUGCUGCAUUUGCUACCUCAAAACCAUUGCAGAACUAUCUGCCAUAUGAAGAGAUUAUUUUUAGCAUUCUGUAUGGUCUGUUGGCAUCAUGUUUGGGGAUGUUUGUGUCGUUCUUCUACUGUGUAGCAAGGAGUGACGUACGAGCCCAGUGGCAUCUGAUGGAGUGCUGGUGCAGGAGGCGGCGUGGUCGUUGUUGCCGUACCAGGAGCAUCUCUGACACGAAUCCAGUUCUCCCAACAUCCCAGACACUUGCACCAAUUACUAAUGUUGGACUACAUGCUGGAAAUCAAGGUCAACCUGUGUCUAGUUCUAACAGCAUCAAUUCCUCUGCCCACACUGCCAAGUCCCAAAAUAGUAGUGUUGCCAAAGCUGCAGUGGAGUUGAACAGUACAGCAAAAUGUGAUUUUGAGUCUGGUGGAAAUAUUUCCAAUGUUAACUUGGUAGUUCUUCAUAGGCAGCAGUAUCGUUCUAACAAUAGUGUCACCACAUUCACUGAAGCUUCUGGAGCAAGUGGAGCAGAGAUGUUCUAUAACCCCCACCAGAGUACAGUAGCACGUAAGUUCUUCAGGAAGCAGCGUCGACACAUGAAACACAAUAACUUAGGGGCACGGAGAAGGGGUGAUGGCGGAGGGGGUACCAGUGAUGGUGGCUCCAAUACCCGAGCUGAAAGUGCUGUAUUUCUUUCUUCAGACAUGGAGAAUGCUAGCGGGAAUAUGACACCCUGUAUUUAUGCCCAAGGCUCUAAGGUUAACAAUACAAAUAUCCACAUCGAACACUCACGUCACUCUUCUCGACACAAAGAUUCUAAGGCACAGAAUCCUAACAUUUUGACUGACAGCGGAGGGGAUGAAGGUGGUGUGGAUAGCCACAGGUUGCCACUGGAGAGGCUGGUUAUUGGUGCUGAAGAAAGUAGCAUAUCAACUCCACUGAAUAAUGACGGGACACCUAGAGGACCUAGCUCAUGUUCUGGCUCGUUGCCGUCAGACAGAAGGAUUAAUUCUGUGGAUGAAAUGCCAGAGGAAGUAACUUUGCUGACCACAGAUCUUAGCAAAAUGGGGAAUGAAGUACAACACAUGAAAGACAAAGGUGACUGUAAACUGCAGUGUUGUUCAGACAGUUCAUGUGACAGACCUCCAGUGCAUAGGACAGACAGUAUUGCAUUGACAACGUCAUGCAGUUUAGAGAAUUCCAAGACUGAAGGUCAGCUUGGUGUUGUUUGCAGAAUUGACAGUCCUGACGGGAAUAGGGAUGCAAUGGUUUGGAAUGCCAACUGCAGUGAUACUAAUGCAUAUCUAGGUACUGGAAAUAUGGAUUCUGAACAGAAGCUCCAUGAUCAUAAUUCUUCUGCAUCAUCAAGUAGUGAACAAAAAAGUGGUGUGGUGAAACACGUGCAUAACUCACUCCAUGGGAAAAAUCUAAAACAUUCAGAAAAAGACAAAUCUUUUAGUGAUGUUGAUAAUAUUGUUGAAAUUGGUAAGGCAUGUGUUAAAAGCCAGAAACCUGAAGUUUUGCUGAAGGGAAAGAAAUUGAGUUUACUGUCUAGGAAACUAAAUGGGUACAGUGGUGAAGAAGGUCAAGAAUCUGACAAUGUGCCAACGCUAAACAAAAAGGAGACCAGUGUUUAGAAUGGGAUAUUUUAUGUCUCCUGCCAUUGAAAUGCCAAUGUUAAUGACUGACCUAUUGGAAGAGGUGUGACAAAAGACAGUACGACUCUCCAAAUGUAGCAUUGUAAUCAAAGUUCCUGACAAGGUUGACAACUGUUGUAGAUCCUAUCAAGAAAGACGUUGGUUCAGUAGAAUGAAAAGUAGGACUUUCAAGUAUGUGGUAGUUUAAAUCAGAAGUGCUGUGUUUGGUUCUGCUGAGGAUAAAACUUCCAAGCUGGGUGCAUUGGUAAGUAUAGCAACUAAGGUCUGAGGAUAUUAUAGCUUGUUUUCCACUUUUCUUUCAAAUUAAGGAGUCAGAGGCUCACACUGCUGUCAUGCUGGUACUUGUCAACACACAAAAUACAGGAAGGAUUUACAAAAUUUGUAGUCUUCUUUAUCAUUUUCCAGUGUACCAGAUGUGCUUAACUAGAUUGGUUCUUUAGCACUCAUCAAAAAUUUGUCCCUGAAAGUAAAUAUUUUGGGACAGGGUGACUAUAGAUGGGGUUUGGAUUGGUAAUUUGAAUUAUUGCAUAGUUAC